AAAAAAGUUAGUUAGGUUAGUGAGGACGCUGUGAUUUUUAGUGCGCAGUACAGUCACCACCAAUGUCUUCAUCAGAAGACCCGUAAACUUUUGUGAAAGUCAUACGGACACCGCGUAAAGACUUAAGACACUUCAAAAGAAGUUUAAAGGACAAAGUUGAGUAGAUAUGCGCGUUUCCAGAUUUAUUGCUGUGUUCUCGGCAAGCAGAAAAACACAGCGCUGUCUACUUUCUUCGCAAGGCUUGGAUAACUAAUAACGUGGACGGACAUAGAAAGGAGUCGGGCUGCUUGGAUCUAAGUUUUUGACAUUUUAUGCCUGCAGUUUCUUGUUGAUCGUUUUUCACUCGGAUAAAAAGAAGAGCAGAUUUCGCGCAGAAAACAGUACAUUUAAUUUGGAGCCAUGGAUCCGAGCCAGCACAACCCUCCUGUCGGCCAUCAGAUCGUACAUGUUCGGGGAGACUCUGAGACCGACCUGGAAGCUCUUUUUAACGCUGUGAUGAACCCGAAAAACAAUAUCGUCCCUCCUUCUCUGCCUAUGAGGAUGAGAAAGCUGCCAGACUCCUUCUUCAAGCCACCAGAGCCAAAGUCCCACUCUAGACAAGCCAGCACAGAUGCAGGUACUGCUGGUACCCUCACACCCCAGCACGUCAGGGCACACUCGUCUCCUGCCUCCCUGCAGCUGGGUGCAGUUUCCCCUGGCACGUUGAGCAGCAUGGGUCAAGCAAACCCCCCACCUCAGCACCUCCGCCAGUCAUCAUAUGAGAUACCCGACGAUAUACCACUGCCCCCGGGCUGGGAGAUGGCCAAAACCCCUUCAGGCCAGAGAUACUUCCUAAACCACAACGACCAGACAACCACCUGGCAGGACCCUCGCAAGGCCCUCCUUCAGAUGAACCAGGCCGCCCCGGCCAGCCCAGUGCCUGUUCAGCAACAGAACAUCAUGAACCCUGCCUCAGGUCCUCUUCCUGAUGGCUGGGAACAAGCUAUUACCUCAGAAGGAGAGAUCUACUACAUCAAUCACAAAAACAAAACCACCUCUUGGCUGGACCCACGACUUGACCCACGUUUUGCUAUGAACCAGCAGCGGAUUUCUCAGAGUGCUCCGGUAAAGCAAGGCUCCCAGUUGCCCACCAGCCCACAGAGCGGAGUGAUGGGUGGAAAUAACCAGAUCAGACUGCAGCAGAUCCAGAUGGAGAAAGAGUGACUGAGACUCAAGCAGGAGCUCCUUCGACAGAGACCACAGGAGCUCGCGCUGAGAAACCAGCUUCCUAUCAGCAUGGAGCAGGAUGGGGGCACCCAGAACCCCGUGUCCUCACCUGGCAUGGGCCAAGACGCCCGCAACAUGACCACCAACAGCUCUGACCCUUUCUUGAACAGCGGGACAUAUCACUCCAGAGAUGAGAGCACAGACAGCGGCCUGAGCAUGAGCAGUUACAGCGUCCCCCGCACCCCAGACGACUUCCUCAACAGUGUGGAUGAGAUGGAAACAGGCGAUAGCCUUGGUCCUGUCUCCAUGGCAACACAGCCCAGCCGUUUCCCUGACUACCUGGAUGCCAUCCCGGGCACAGAUGUGGACCUGGGCACCCUGGAAGGCGAGAGCAUGGCAGUAGAGGGUGAAGAGCUGAUGCCCAGCCUCCAGGAAGCCUUGAGCUCUGACAUCCUCAACGACAUGGAGUCCGUGCUCGCGGCUACCAAGAUUGACAAGGAAAACUUUCUGACCUGGUUAUAGAGCAUCUGAAGCCAGCACUACGCCGCCUUUUCCAACAUGCUGAACUGCUGCCUAGUCCAAUCUGUGAAGGAUGUGUAGAUGCCUCGAGUUGAAAAGAAAAGACAUUUCACCUGGACAUUUAUUUUUUAUUUCCUUUUCUUAUCUUCCUUUCACUACCUUUGGCCGGAUUUGAAAGCAGACCUUACGUCCUUUGUGCGUUUUAUUUCGUGCGCCUUUUUUGUGUCUGCAUCCUCAAGGCUGGGCCAUGAACAGACAAGUAUUCACCCAAAUCCGUAUCAUGGCAGUGCUAUACGACGACCUGUCAUUGUGUGUCUGAUGGAGACGAAUUCGUGUCCUUUACCCUCGUGAACUCCUCGACGUGCGAACCGAGCCAACAAACCCUUAAAUCGACCACCACAUCCUCCUGUGACUGUAAAGUGCGUCUCACCACAACCUUGAUCCCGGCUCGCACGUGCGAGUCAGAGAAACCAAAAAAACGUUCAUGAGGAGGUCGUCGUUGUCGGAUUUGCGGUUUAAUGAUUGAAAGGUUCAAAUCGAAAGGUUUCAACGUGUCGCUUUGAUAAAACAAAUACUGCUGCUUGGCUGUGCCAGCAAUAUUACACUAGAAACUUGUAUCUAAUCAAGUGCCUUCAGUCGUGUUUCUCAGAGAAAAGAUCCUGUCAUUUUACAUUCAUUUAUCAUAGAUCAAACACUUUGUUUUUACUUGUUUCAUUAAUCAAAGUAUUUCUUGAAAGGUUUUAUGAAAAUGAAAUUAUGUCUGGAAGUUGGGUUUAUUUUUAAGAACCCUAGUCUCUAUGUGUCAGUUUUAUUUAAGCCUGAAUCUUUUUCUUGAGGGUAAUGGCAUUCGUAUGUGAUCAAAGAACAAUUUUCUUUUUGCUUUUGUUUUAACCGACGUUAAAAGAGCUGCCUUUUAGUACAACAUUUUACAGAAGACACUGAAUAGAUUGACUAUCAUUUCUGCUUCAUUGUAAUCACAGAUGAUCAUUAGGUGGAAGUUUUUUUUUUAAAGCCGAUAUCUAUUUUUAGCUUAUGAUUUUAGUAUAUGUUCUUGCGUAUUGUUUUUAGUGACAAUAUCUCAGCAAAAAACACGGAACAAAAUUAAAGGGCACUUUGAUCAACUCUUAAAAACGUAGCCUUUAAACAAGCAUCUCUCAUAUGAGAUCAGUGUCAGUUGAGGUUGUUGCUGAGACAGAUAUGGGGCAGGAUGGAAGGUUCUGAUAAGUUUUAGAUGGCUAGAUGAGCAUGUCUUGAGGGGUAGCUGUUAGCGUGAACAUGAUUUGGUAACUGGAUGUGAAUGAUAGACUUCAAGGAAGCAAUCAGUUAUGAUUUCUGCCAGGAUUUUUCUCAACGAGGCUUCCAAAGACUGUUUUUAAUCGAUUGUAUUCUCUUGAAAUGAAAGGGCAAUGAACGUAAUUUAUCAUACUUUUGUGUACACAUAAGGCAUAAGCUAAUGGGAAAUGGUCUAAAUGAUUUUGUGAGGGUAUUUCUAAUGAAGCAUGAUUUGACAGAUCCUCGUAUGCUGUUAUAACUAAAGACACUAUGAACAGGUUACCUAGAACGGCCUUUUUGUUACAUGGUUUACAUUAUUUCACAGUAGUCGAACACUACAGGGACUUGUCGGUUUGAUGAUUUGCAUACAGUACAAAUGAAUAUUUCCUCAUGUUUACAAGACCUUUACACUACAAUGUUAGCUCAACUGGCCCAUAUCCUCAAUGUAUUUUACAUGUAUUUUUUUAAAGGUGAAGAUUUAUGAUUAUGAUAUUCUGUGGUCUGUUGGGGUGAAUACACCAUCAAGGUCUAUAACUCAAUUGCCUCAGUAUGAAAAAUGUUAUGGUCAAAUUUUGAUCAAAUUUAGACAUUCUAGAGAAAAUAAAGGAAAAAAGACAAGCUAAAAGAAAUAUCUAUUUUUGCAAACAUAGUAUUGAUGGCAGACUGGUGGGAAAACGUGUCUGAGAGCAAUGCAACAAAAUGUUUUAUGAACUGUUGGUACAGUGCUGGUAUUGCACGUUAAAAGAACAUUGUGUCAAAUGUGUAUUUCACUUAAACAUGAUUUUAUGCUUGCUUAGUGUGAAACUGUUCAGAAUAUAUAGUAACUGUUUACUUUUUGUGUAGUGGUAGUACUAAUCACACAAGUUAAUGGAUUGGUAUUUAGAGUUCUUUAAAUGCACCCAGAAUGAAUUUAAAUCCAUUUAUUAUGAUCUCUUUUUUUUUAAUCAAUGUAUGUGCAUGUACCUUAGAACCUUAUGUUCUGUUACAUUGUAUCUCUUUACAUAUUACUUUAAAUUGGCCUGGAAUAAAGUAUAUACUUUGGUAAAUACUGUCUAUUAAUCAGUUUAUGCAUUUUUAAUGAAACGUACAGUACAGCCGUGGCCGAAAGUUUUGAGAAUGACACAACUAUUCAUUUUCACAAAGUCUGCUGCCUCAGUUUUUAUGAUGGCGAAUUGCAUAUACUCCAGAAUGUUAUGAAGAGUGAUCAGAUGAAUUGAAUUUUAUUGUGAAGUCCCUCUUUGCCAUGAAAAUGAACUUCCAUUUCAGCCCUAGCACAAAAAGCCCAGCUGACAUCACUUCAGUGAUUCUCUGGUUAACACAGGUGAGAGUGUUGACGGGGACAAGGCUGGAGAUCACUCUGUAAUGCUGAUUGAAUUAGAAUAACAGACUGGAAGCUUUAAAAGGAGGGUGGUGCUGGAAAUCAUUGUUCUUCCUCUGUUAACCAUGGUUACCUGCAAGGAAACGCGUGCAGUCAUCAUUGCGUUGCACAAAAAGGGAUUCACAGGCAAGGCUAUUGCUGCUAGUAAGAUCCACCUACAUCAACCAUUUAUCGGAUCAUCAGAAACUUCAAGGAGAGAGGUUCAAUUGUUGUGAAGAAGGCUUCAGGGCGCCCAAGAAAGUCCAGCAAGCGCCAGGAUCGUCUUCUACAGUUGAUUCAGCUGUGAGAUCGGGGCACCACCAGUGCAGAGCUUGCUCAGGAAUGGCAGCAGGCAGGUGUGAGUGCAUCUGCACGCACAGUGAGGCCAAGACUUUUUGAGGAUGGCCAGGUGUCAAGAAGGGCUGCAAAGAAGCCACUUUUCUCUAGGAAAAACAUCAAGGACAGACUGAUAUUCUGCAAUAGGUACAGACAGGUAUUGGACUGCUGAGGACUGGGGUAAAGUCAUUUUCUCUGAUGAACCCCCUUUCCCGAUUGUUUGGGGCAUCCGGAAAAAUCAUUGUCCGGAGAAGAAAAGGUGAGUGCUAUCAGUCCUGUGUCAUGCCAACAGUAAAGCAUCCUGAGACCAUUCAUGUGUGGGGUUGCUUCUCAGCCAAGGGAGUGGGCUCACUCACAAUUUUGUCUAAGAACACAGCCAUGAACCAAGAAUGGUACAAAAACGUCCUCAGAGUGCAACUUCUCCCAACCAUCCAAGAACAGUUUGGUGAUGAACAAUGCCUUUUCCAGCAUUAUGGAGCACCUUGCCAUAAGGCAAAAGUAAUAACUAAGUGGCUCGGGGACUAAAACAUCAACAUUUUGGGUCCAUGGCCAGGAAAUUCCCCAGACCUUAAUCCCAUCGAGAACUUGUGGUCAAUCCUGAAGAGUGGACAAACAAAAACCUACAAAUUCUGGCAAACUCCAAUCAUUGAUUAUGCAAGAAUGGGCUGCCAUCAGUGAGGCUGUGGGCCAGAAGUUGAUUGACAGCAUGCCCGGGCGGAUUGCAGAGGUCUUGAAAAAGAAGGGUCAACACAGUAAAUAUUGAGUCUUUGCGUAAACUUAAUGUAAUUGUCAAUAAAAGCCUUGUAAUUAUACCAUAGUAACAUCUGACAAAAACAUAUAAAAAUCACUGAAGCAGUAGACUGAAAAUUAAUAUUUGUGUCAUUCUCAAAACUUUUGGCCACGACUGUAUAUUACAUAAUGUAUUGUAUCUAGACAAAUAAACAAUAGGGUUUGCUUCUUCUGUGCCAACGUUUAAUUGUGUCAUCCGAAGAGGUCAAGCCCAACCCUGACAAUGUUUCACUCCCACAUUUUUACACUAUCCAUAUUAAAAGC